UCUCGGGUGUGUGUCGAGGGGACCCUGUGGUUAGCAGCAGCUAUCGCAGAGUCGGAUGUUUAGAGCAGCAGAAGCCCGCGUCGUCGGAUGUUGUGUUGCCCGCCACCAUGAGCUACACAGGCUUUGUCCAGGGAUCUGAAACCACUUUGCAGUCGACAUACUCGGAUACCAGCGCUCAGCCCACCUGUGAUUAUGGAUAUGGAACUUGGAACUCUGGGACAAAUAGAGGCUACGAGGGCUAUGGCUAUGGCUAUGGCUAUGGCCAGGAUAACACCACCAACUAUGGGUAUGGUAUGGCCACUUCACACUCUUGGGAAAUGCCUAGCUCUGACACAAAUGCAAACACUAGUGCCUCGGGUAGCGCCAGUGCCGAUUCCGUUUUAUCCAGAAUUAACCAGCGCUUAGAUAUGGUGCCGCAUUUGGAGACAGACAUGAUGCAAGGAGGCGUGUACGGCUCAGGUGGAGAAAGGUAUGACUCUUAUGAGUCCUGUGACUCGAGGGCCGUCCUGAGUGAGCGUGACCUGUACCGGUCAGGCUAUGACUACAGCGAGCUUGACCCUGAGAUGGAAAUGGCCUAUGAGGGCCAAUACGAUGCCUACCGCGACCAGUUCCGCAUGCGUGGCAAUGACACCUUCGGUCCCAGGGCACAGGGCUGGGCCCGGGAUGCCCGGAGCGGCCGGCCAAUGGCCUCAGGCUAUGGGCGCAUGUGGGAAGACCCCAUGGGGGCCCGGGGCCAGUGCAUGUCUGGUGCCUCUCGGCUGCCCUCCCUCUUCUCCCAGAACAUCAUCCCCGAGUACAGCAUGUUCCAGGGCAUGCGAGGUGGGGGCGCCUUCCCGGGCAGCUCCCGCUUUGGCUUCGGGUUUGGCAAUGGCAUGAAGCAGAUGAGGCGGACCUGGAAGACCUGGACCACAGCCGACUUCCGGACCAAGAAGAAGAAGAGAAAGCAGGGCGGCAGUCCUGACGAGCCAGAUAGCAAAGCCACCCGCACGGACUGCUCGGACAACAGCGACUCAGACAAUGAUGAGGGCACCGAGGGAGAAGCCACAGAGGGCCUCGAAGGCACCGAGGCUGUGGAGAAGGGCUCCAGAGUGGACGGAGAGGACGAGGAGGGAAAAGAGGAUGGGAGAGAAGAAGGCAAAGAGGAUCCAGAGAAGGGGGCGCUAACCACCCAGGAUGAGAAUGGCCAGACCAAGCGCAAGUUGCAGGCAGGCAAGAAGAGUCAGGACAAGCAGAAAAAGCGGCAGCGAGACCGCAUGGUGGAAAGGAUCCAGUUUGUGUGUUCUCUGUGCAAAUACCGGACCUUCUAUGAGGACGAGAUGGCCAGCCAUCUUGACAGCAAGUUCCACAAGGAACACUUUAAGUACGUAGGCACCAAGCUCCCUAAGCAGACGGCUGACUUUCUGCAGGAGUACGUCACCAACAAGACCAAGAAGACAGAGGAGCUCCGAAAAACUGUGGAGGACCUUGAUGGCCUCAUCCAGCAAAUCUACAGAGACCAGGAUCUGACUCAGGAAAUUGCCAUGGAGCAUUUUGUGAAGAAGGUGGAGGCAGCCCAUUGUGCAGCCUGCGACCUCUUCAUUCCCAUGCAGUUUGGGAUCAUCCAGAAGCACCUGAAGACCAUGGAUCACAACCGGAACCGCAGGCUCAUGAUGGAGCAGUCCAAGAAGUCCUCGCUCAUGGUGGCCCGCAGUAUUCUCAACAACAAGCUCAUCAGCAAGAAGCUGGAGCGCUACCUGAAGGGCGAGAACCCUUUCACCGACAGCCCCGAGGAGGAGAAGGAGCAGGAGGAGGCUGAGGGCGGUGCCCUGGACGAGGUGGCGCAGGGCGAAGCGGCAGGGGUCUCAGAGGGCGCAGAGGGCGCAGAGGGCGCAGAGGGCGCGCCGGCGCAGCCUCCCGUGCCCCCAGAGCCAGCCCCCGGGGCCGUGUCGCCGCCACCGCCGCCGCCCCCAGAGGAGGAGGAGGGCGCCGUGCCCUUGCUGGGAGGGGCGCUGCAACGCCAGAUCCGCGGCAUCCCGGGCCUCGACGUGGAGGACGACGAGGAGGGCGGCGGGGGCGCCCCGUGACCUGAGCUCGGAGCGGGCAGGGCCCGCGUGGCCGAAGCUGGAAGCCAAAUCUAAUAAAGUUUUCCCAUCCCA